AAGGAUACUAGACCGGAUUUAUAAACGAAAUCACAGGAUCAAAAAUGGUGUUGUGUAGGCAACGCGCUCAUCGGAUGUUUUGAUGCGCCACCCGCUCACCGCUCAGAUUCAUGUCUCCUUAGAGUUUGACAGAUUGAACCUGACCUCCGACUCCUUAUAGCGUCCUUUCGACGAGCCGUGAGUAUCGACCUCGUUGACAACGAGCCCAUCCUGAACUUUUGAUUUUCUCUCCCUUCUCCCAUUCCUACGCUGACUCAUAUGAGAGCCAUUAGGUUUCUGAAGGCUUUGUUUCACCGCAGAAAGCUAUACAGCCUGCUGAUCAUCCUCCAUGCGAUUCUGGUGCUGAUCCACAUUUGCCUGGUUAUUGUGUGGGCUCGAGGCGCCGAGCACGCGGUAACCAUCUCCUUGGACCGCGCUGGGACGAUAUCCAAUCGCAUUGUCUUCGCUUCGCAAAUCUUUAUCAUCACGUAUACCGCCUGCCUUCUGCUCAUCACGCAACGCCUCUCGCUGAACAGUCUGCUGCUCCGGCCAAGGACACUCACAGCGCUUCAUGAUGUCUCGAGUGCAUGGACAGGCCUCGGCGCGGGACUGUUGAGUCUCUGGAGACAACUGUCCAUCCCCACAGCCGUGUUCGGAACGCUCGGGGUCGCGGUGUACCUAGGCUGUCUGUCCAUCCUGCACAUCAGCACGCCGGCCUUGUUUUCCAUGGACGCGUUCAACCAAACGGGCGCACUACCGGUCGGCUUUAUCGCGGGUAUGCCCAGCGUCGGCGACCCUACGCUCCCCCUCUCGGUCGAUGCGCAGAGCGUCUGGGCAGCGGCGACGAAGCUCUUGCCCUACCUUGCACUCGCGGAUGACCAGUCCACGCUGGGUCUCGCCAAUAAUACGCUGUACGACAUACUGGACCCGAACAGCGGCGGUGUAGGCGAUGUCACGGUCAAUGCCAUCACGGCGAAUGUUACAUGUCACACCCUGCCAGAUACCACGAGCGAUGGCGUCAGCGUCGUGAAUGACGAUUACAACAUUAGUUUAGGUUUCAAUGGAAACGGCAUCACGGUCGGAGCGCUGAGGCAGUUUACAUGGUACGACCAGGACGUUAAUGCAACCUUGCUUCUCGGCCGCAAUGCCGUAUUCUUAACGGCAUUUAAUGUCAUCGACUGCAAUGGAGAACUUGGGUCAUAUAUAUCUGGUGUGAACUCCUCCUGGCAAGUCAUUGGAUGUACACUCUCGUGGAGCCCAACGAACGUCGUCGUGGAUGCCAUUACAAGAUAUGUCGUCGGGAUGGAUUCCGGAGCAGCUACCAUACGGUCAUCCAAAUGGACAGCGUGGAGGCCUGGCUUUCAAGCCUUUCCGCAGGAUCGUGAGGACUUGCAGGUGGAUUCCUGGGCCGACAUGUUAGAUAGCUCGGUGAAUCCCCCUGGCGCUGCGGGGAUCUCCUCAGCAUUUGGAGGAGCUGACAUGUCAGGCAUACAGACGUCAGAGUUCAUCGUCAACGUGCUCAACGAGACUCUGGAUGAACUGCACGAUGUGACUUUGACAGAGUUUGAAGAUACUCUUAAUCGCUUGACUACGUCUACGUUCUGGGCGGCGGCUCAUAUGCUUGCGCCAGACUCGCGAGGGGACUACUUAACACUCACCAACGGUUCUACGCAAGUGCCACAAACUGUAUCCCGCCUCAAUUUGAAUCUUACAGCAGUUAUCUUUGGAUUGUCCGCCUCGGUUGUCCUUCUCGCGUUCGCGCUCUACCUGACAUGCGGCGUUACAAAGGCAAGGCACAAAAUGGACGGCAUGGGCAUGCUUCACGUGCUGUGGCUCGUCGCGUACCGGCCCUCAGUGCUGAACCGCAUCGCCAGCGUCGGUGAGCCCACUACGGACGAACUGCGCAGAGCUGGCAUGAUGGACACUGUCGGCCUCAAUCGCAAUGUGGACGAUGAGGACAUGGUUGAGAUGAAGUAUAGCAAGGUGGCAUUGCAGGAGACUGCUACUGCGUAG